AGAAACAAACUGACAUACCCCUCGAAGACGAAAUUUAGCUCUAGAGCACUCUCAAAUUUUUGCGAAAAAACAAUUAUUUAUCCGUGAAAUAAUGUCCUGAAAGUUUCGAAAAACAUCUGCAGUUGUUUCAUUAUUAUUUUUGUUUCCAUUUCUUUUAUUUUACGAAUGACGAAGAAGUGAAAACCAAAUUGAACCGUCAUAAUAUUUUUUCUUCUGUAAUUUAAGUUAUAUUUUUGUGAAAAUAUCCAAUCAAGGCGAUAGAAACCAGAAAAGGUAAACAUUAUAAGUGAAUUGACGAGAAAAACACAAUUGAAACCAUGUAUUCAACAAGAUAUGUUAAAGUGCCACUUUGGAAUAGUUUGUGUACAAUAAUUUUAACAUCCAGUCUUUUGAUUGGAUUAGCAGUUUGUAGUGACAGUGAAAAUAAUGCAAAUAGAAGAAUACCUCCAAGUGGUUCUGGAAGCGGAGGAUUAGAGAAACGUAGCAGUUUUGCUGUUCUUUCGCAAGCAAUGUCCGAAACUUUCAACAGUGAAAUCGGAAGUGCAGCAUCCGGCUCGGAAUCGUGCACUAUUGAUGAUUUCGAUUGUCCAACUUAUUCCGAUCAAAUAGGUUUGGAAGCGAUUCGGUCAUUGCAUAGACAAUUAGAUGAUGAUGACAAUGGCGACAUAGACUUAUCAGAAUCGGAUGAUUUUCUUCGCGAGGAACUGAAGUACGAAGGUGGCUACGAGAAACGUCAUCGGGCGUUCCACUUCAACGACGACAUGCACAUAAGUGUCAAAGAAUUGUGGGAAGCUUGGCUUAAAUCGGAAGUACAUAAUUGGACACUUGAUCAAACCUGCGAAUGGUUAACACAAAGCGUACAACUUCCACAAUACGUUAAUUUAUUUAAAAAACAUAAAAUAACAGGAAGCGUUCUUCCACGAUUAGCUGUCAAUAACUUGCACUUUGUUAGUAACGUUCUUGGUAUUAAAGAUCCAAUUCAUAAGCAAAAAAUAGCACUUAAAGCAAUGGAUGCGGUUUUAUUUGGCCCUCCAAGAGAAACGGGCACAAAAUGGAAAGACAUUUUCUUAGUUGCACUAUUGUUAACGGCUAUAAUUGGCAGCUGGUAUGCCUAUCAACAAAAUAAAAAUGCAAAAGGUCAUUUAAAAAGGAUGGCACGUGAUAUGGAACAAUUGCACAAAGCUGAGACAGAACUCUCUAAAAUGCAGACUGAACUUGAACAAGCUCGAUUGGAACAAGAAAAUGUUGGGAAAGAGAAAAUGGACCUUGAGAGAAGAUUGAAGGAAGCGCCAUCAUUGAAAAGUUCCAGUUCGGAAGUUGAAUUGCAACAAUUAAGACAAGAAAUUGAACUUCUUCGGAACGAGUUGUCACGUGCGGAAGUUGAACUCAUAGAUCAUCAUUGGACACCUCCAGCUGGUCUUCAACAUUGGCUUCAACUGACUUAUGAACUUGAAACAAGAAGUCAUCAAAAGAAAAGAAUUGCAGCUGAAAGUCAAUUGUUACAAGCUCGGGAAGCUUGUGAAAAGUUAAGAAAGAAAAGAUCAAGUUUUGUUGGUGCCUUCGUUUCAACACAUGGUAAAAGCAUCGAUGAUGUCGAUCGCACAAUUGUUGAAGCACGCAAUUCGCUAAGCGAAGUUACACAUGAACUUCAAGAAAGACUUCAUCGUUGGAAACAGGUCGAGACACUGAUAGGAUGUCCUAUUGUUAAUAAUAAUGGAAUUGCCUUCCUGGAAAAUAUGCUUUAUCGUUCAAAUGCGUCUAGUAAAACUUCAAGGGGUCGAAUCACAAGCAGUCAAGAUGAUCUAGACGAUGAUUCCAUCCAAGGUUAUCUCACCGACGUUAAUAAAUAUCUAAGAGAAAGGGACGAAUCUUCUGGCAGUGAUGACGAUCGCGAUCAUGAAUCGGUAACUUUUCUUGUUGGUGGAGGUUACGAAGAUCCACCAACAUUGACGACCACUGUCUCACCUCCAACUAUUCAGACUUUGACUACUUCGAAUUCUGUAAACCCCAUGAGAACUUCUAUGUCUUAUCCCAUUCAGUUGAUGCAUCAAGGGAGUUCUUUAGAAAGUAACAACAAUUCGAAUGAAGAAACGCGUUCAAAUAUUUCUUCAUCGUCGGAAAAAACUCUUCCACCGGCACCACCUCGAGCUAAAAAGCAAAUAUCUUUUCCUUUAAUUCCCGCUCAAAGUAUUCAAAUGACAAGUCGCGCACCAAUGCCACCACCUCGUCGAACCACAACAAAUCCAAACAUCGCCCUCAAUACUGCCUGCUCAGCAGCAGACUUCGUGGAGCCCUUUGGACCCAUCACCACUCUUUCAACAACAACGUCUGUCACUGACGCCAAGCUUCCCCCCGCGAUCCAGCAGUAUCAGCAGUUCGAAGACAGCAUCUCAACAGACUCUUCUUCCAUUGGGGACGAGAAGAAAAAGCGAAAGCGAAAACUCUUCGCAUUCGGGAAGAAGUCAAGUAAAACUAAAGUUAAGAAUACAUAAUGAUAGCGUGAAAAGUCUGAUCGAUCGUUCACUGGCGGAUAAAGAAGAUGUAAAAUAUUUAAGUAAUAGUUUAGGUUGUUUGGAUUCACCGAAAAGUAAGUGAAAUGAUCAUGUUAGAAAUUGUUACGGAAAACUUAAGCUUUGCUUUUAAAAUUCCACAAAAUUCUAAUGAUGAAGUGAUCCUCGAAAUGAAUAAAUUUUGUUAUUUAUGAAAAAUGUCUUGUCAGGUUGAAAGAAUGUAAAAUCGCAAUUGAAAGCAAUAUUAACUUUUAUUUUCAUGUUGUAAGACGGGAGCAAAUGGUUGGUAAGCUGCAUCAGCGUUGAUUCAUUCCCUGAACUCUCUUAUUUUAAUCCUGAAGCCUAAUUAAGUUCUAAAUGUGAACCUCAAAUAAUUAAAUUAACAAACUUUUCUCGUGUUUAAUCUAAGUUACUUAAAAUUAUUCAAAUCUCGAAUUCAUGUUCAAAGCAAAAUGUUUUAAGAAAUUUUAAUUAUUGCCUACUUAAGUUUAUUGUUUUACUGAGCUUCUUUUGAUUGAAAUUAAAUUAUUCAUGAUAGAUAUUUGUCGAAAACCAUAUGGAUUGUUAGAUAGCGAAGAUAAAAAUAUAAAAUUAAACGAAAACGAUCAAAAGUUCUUCCAUUAGAGUCGUGAAAUUUUAGUUUAAUUUUAUCGUUGUCACAUGAAUUAAAGCAACAAUCAACGGCCUAAUUUGUUGAUAUUUCAACACGUCUCUCGAUAUUUAUUUGGUAAAUAACAAAUUUCUAUGCUUUUGAUCGUUCUCGUCUUUUAUCUCGUCGAUAUAUUUAUACUUAUAAGAAUGGAGAAGAAAAAUUGUGAUAAGAAAAGUCGCAAUUUUUGUCAAUGUUCAAAACAAAGCACAACAUUGCGACGAAUUUCUUUUUUUGAAGAUUACAUUGUAAUUAAUUUGAAUAGACUAACUUGGUGAACACUUAGAAAAAGUAAGAAAAGUUCAAUGAAGAUCGACAGAUGUAAAGAAUGGAAAUCGUAUCAAGUACAUAAAUAGUUUAAUUUAUAUUGAUGAUUGCUGACAAGAAAUAUCUUAACAAAAAAUAAAUAAAAGAUUGAGA